AUGCUUUCUGCUUGCCCUGAUUCAUUCUUAAAAGAAUUCAAAAGUCAGGCACACUGUCUUCUCUGCACAGGGAGCAGCUUUCUUGCCACAGCCCCUCACUCCCUGAAAAUAUAUGCCUGCUCCAAGUUCCUCUCCACCCACUCCUUGGUCAGGAGCACCUCUCAGCUGCUGGACCUACCACUAUCUCCCACGGUGCUGAACCGACCAGAGACACAUAGGAGAGCUGCAACAACUUGGCACUUCCAAACCAGCACCAUUUUAGGGGCCAUCAACACAGCAGCCAAGUUCAUUGGGGCUGGGGCUGCCACAGUCAGGGUGGCUGGCUCUGAGGCUGGGAUUGGGACUGUAUUUGGAAGCCUUAUCAUUGUUUAUGACAGGAACCCUUCUCUGAAGCAACAGCUCUUCUCCUACGCCAUUUUGGGCUUUUCCCUCUCGGAGGCCAUGGGACUCUUCUGUCUGAUGGUGGCCUUUCUCAUUCCUUUGCCAAACCCUUUAGCCAUUUGUUUAGACCAAUUCCGAAGCUUUGCUUCGUAG